AUGCAAUUUGUGAAAAUCCAUGGUGCUACCUCUGACUUGUCUAUAACUCCUUCUGGAGUCCCUCAAGGAGGACAUCUUAGUCCUCUACUGUUCAUAAUUUUUAUUAACUCAAUUAACAAUUACCUUUCAUUCUCCAAAGUCCUUCUAUUUGCGGAUGACAUUAAAAUUUAUUCUAAAGUUGCUUCUAUCUCCGACUGCCGUCAACUUCAGUCAGAUCUCGACUCCUUCUGUCUCUGGACUCAGCGUAUAGGCCUUACGCUCAAUCUCAACAAGUGCCAUAGUAUGACAUUCCACAGAAAGCGAAUACAUAUUAUCUUCCCUUAUUCCCUCAAUGGCUCCCCACUCGAACGUGUUUCUUCUGUCAAAGACCUUGGUAUCUACCUAACUCCAUCUCUUUCUUUCGAACAGCAUAUUAAUAUAACAGUUGGUAGAGCCUUAAAAGUCCUAGGUUUCAUAAAGCGCAACACUAGCCUUUUCACGUCCUCCACUUGUCUUCGUUCCCUCUAUUUCUCUCUUGUCCGCUCUAUUUUGGAAUAUGGAAUUGUUGUAUGGCAUCCAUAUUUGGCUAAAGACCAAUUACGCUUAGAGCGAGUUCAAAAUCGAUUCCUCUCAUACGCUGCUUUUCUGCUCAAGAUUGUUCACCCGCCCCAUGACUAUUCAUCCAUUAGAUCUUCCUUGAAUAUCCCUCUUCUUUCUUCUCGCCGUAUAGAGGCUGACCUUUCCUUUGUCACCUCUCUUCUUAAUGGCACUGUUGAUGCCCCCGACCUUCUUUCCUCUAUCUCUUUCCGCGUUCCUGUACAUAACACUAGAAAUCACUCACUUUUCCUUGUCCCUUCUCACCGUUUCAACUACUCUCAUAACCAUCCUUUACACAGAAUGCUUCGUCUGCUCAAUAACUAA